ACAAAAGCAGAUAAAACGCAAUAAAUUUUGCAUUCUACGAGCAGGUUCCACAUCUAAAUAUCGUCAUUUACUGAUUUUCCCAAGAUGUACUACCUUCUGUGUUUAGUGUGUGCUCUGGUUUACCUAACUAUCCCGACUGCUACUGGACGUAUUGUGAACCUUAGUGGAGGGACGUAUGCCACACAGAGUUCUGUUUAUGGUAAUAAAGUAGCAGAAAAAGCAGUUGACGGUAGAAAAUCAGGCAAUAUGAACGAUGGGUCCUGCACACACACAGAAAACCAAGCUGUCAACUGGUGGAAGGUUGACCUCGGAAAACACUUCAAAAUCAAAUAUGUUAGGCUAUACAAUCGACAAGAUUGUUGCAAGGAACGAUUAAAUGGCGCCAACAUUCGUGUUGGCAAUAACACCUACGGUUGGCUGACAAAUCCACAAUGUGGAGGGGUAGUCACCAUUGCGGAUAUCAACAACUCGAAUGUUAUCAGUCGACAAUGCACUCCCGAAAUUAUUGGUCGAUACGUCAGUGUCUCACUCUCUCACGAGUAUUUAUCGCUUUGCGAAGUUGAAGUGUGGGGUGACGAUGGCAAUUAGUUAUGCUGAAGCAGAAACAUAUAUGUUAUUACUUCGCCAUGCAAACCUUCAAACAAUACUUUGCUAUUAGUGUAGUUUAGUUUUGAAAGUAGAAAUAAAGCGCUUGAUUCCGUGCAA